UGGACAAGAAUGAUUCAAACAUUUUGAACCCCAUUAUGCCUCGACUGGUACCCGAAAUCAAACAACAAUGCAUUACAAGACUGUAUUUUUGCGAGGUGGAACGACCGACUUUGAAUUGGAAGCAAGAAUGAAAGAUCGUGCUAUAUAUUGUCUUACCUUUUACAUGUUUCAAAUUCUCAGUGAUCCAACAUGCCUUUGUGCGGCUGUUGAAAGUCACAACAUAACGAAGCUACAUUUUAUGGAACAAGAUCUUUUACAAGGAUUGUCUAAUUACAUCAAUAUCAUGAAAGAAAAUUUGGUAGAAUACGAAGAUAUUCUUUCUCAAUCUAAACAAGACAUUUUAAAGCAAUUGGAAUAUGGCAGACGUGACUAUUUAGGAAAUCCAAUUUCAGUAUUUCGUUUAGUCAAGAGAUUUUCUGAAGGAUGGGGAAAGUUAGCAAAAUUUAUUCGAGAGGAUGACCCGACAUUUGACUUUCUGGCAAUAAUAAGGAAACAUUCAUCAUCAUUUCCGGCAACUGUAGAUGAUGCUGAAUCUUUCUUAAUAGGAAUCAAGGAGACUUCCUGACAGGCCAAUAUUGGAAAUUAGAAGAAUUUUGCUCCUUAUAACCUCAUGCGUGAAGUGGUAGAGCCACUUGAUUGGAGUGGAACAACGGACGUGACAACACCAUCCCUAUAACUAUUUUCGUUUCCAUUUGGGUGGGGCAUUGCUUUGAGUGGGAAACUGGAAGCAAGUUUUUGUUCGAGUCAAUUUGUGAAGUCAAUGAUAAUGAUAUACCACUCCUGAAAUUGCCCUUCUGACCAAACCCCUAACCGAACUCGCCGGCACGAGUUCCUAACCUGUGUGUUUUAUCAUCGUAUUCCUAUCAUUGUAGUGGUUUACGGUCUAAAAGUAAUGUAGUAAUGAUAAUAUCGAUUCUUUUGCAAUUUUAACAUUAACGUUUUAAAUUGAAUAAUCGCCAACCGUCAUAACCUCAUUUGCGUGGUUCAUUUGCUUGAUCAAAUAUUACAUAAAAUACACAAGUCAAUUAAGGGAACAACUACAUGUUCAUCAGGUUUUGUAAACAUUUAUUAUUUUACAGGUCAUUUCUUAAUUGUUGUCUUUCGCAUUAUUUAAUAACCAUAUACAUAU